AAUGCUUGAAACCAGGGCUUCGGAAAUGGAGGCGCUUCGAGCUGAAAUUGAACAGCUCAAAGCGUUGAUGACGAUCGGGAAUAGCAGCAAAUUCUGCAUUCCCGAUCCAAUCAAAAAUUUGUCGGUAUUUUCCGGCAACAAGAAGGAACUGUCGAGCUGGCUACGCGAAGUGGACGAGCUAUACGACAUGUUCAAAAUAAAGGGCGCGAAUGGUCAGCCCGACUCACUAAGCUCUAUGUAUUUAAGAGCAAUAAAAAAUAAAGUACAAGGAGAUGCCCGCGCGAUUCUAUGCGCAAAUGGCGAUCCCGAUACCAUCUAUGGUAUCAAACAAAUUUUGAUCGAACAAUAUGGUGACCACCGAGACUUUGCGACCAAUGUGUCGUCGUUAUUCAAUUUACGGCGAGGUGACAAAAGCCACCUCAGGUUUUACAACGAUUGCAAAGACAUCAACACAAGACUUAAAGCAAAUUUGUUGUCGAAUCCUCUAUCCGUUCGACAAAUUAUAGAUGUUUUAAGUGUAACUAGAUAUUUAGAUAACAUUGGGGAGCCUUUAGCUUCCAUAAUAAGACAAUCGAAGCCAAAUACGUUGGAAGAAGCAUACGAAGCCGUAUCCAUAAAUCAAAACGCAGAAAUUAGAACGAAGCCUAUUAAAUUUCAUUCACAGUCCAGACCUCAUAACGACCCUAAAAGCAGCGGCUCAUAUAAUAACAAUAACGGCAAAACAAAUCCAAACGCGAGUAAAUUUGUUUAUAAAAAACAAGUGCAACAGCAUAAACCUCGGGCAGAAUACAAUACUAACGAGAUCGACGUAGCUAAUGAAUACGACGAUGACAACGAUGAUGACGACAACGAUGACAAUGUGACAAACAGUGAAGUGCAUAGUGAUGAUUCAAAUUUUUUAGAAGAAGAGCGUCAGCAGGCAGCAACGUAAACAAUUUUAUACCUUACAUUAAUUACCAGACAAAUAAAGGAGUGCUUAAAUUCUUAAUCGAUACGGGCGCAAAUAAAUCAACCAUUAGUCCGGAACAUGUGCACAGGACCAAAAUAACGGAUCGGCCCGCAAUAGUAACGAACAAAAAUGGUUUUAGCAGACACAUAUUUCACCAGGAAGAAUACACUGAGGACCAGCUAUUGCAAAUUUUAAAAAAAUAUUUAGCUCCCGGAAUGACAAACGGAAUCUUUGCCCAUCCGUCGGUUGCAAAAUUGUGCUUCAAAAUCAUAAAUGACAAUUUUAAAGGGAUGAAAGUUCAAUUUUGCAACCUGAAAUUACCAGAUUUAAUAACCAAAAAAGACCAAGACGAAUUUGUUCGUAAAACGCACAACUUUAACCAUAGAAGUUGGAAGCUUAAUUACGAAGAACUUCGUCAAUCAGUCUUUUUCCCGGAUAUGAUAUCGAUUGUUAAGAACUUCGCGAAAAAUUGCCAAGACUGUAAAUUUGCCAAAUACGAACGGCAUCCAUUUAAAAUUCCAAUCACGCGAAGAACAUAUGAGAAACCUUUAGAGAAUAUCUUUAUAGACGUAUACGUCAAGGAAGGAGAGAAGUUCUUAACAGUCAUCGAUUCAUUUUCUAAAUUUUUCACAACUUUACAAAAUCAGUAGCGAAACAAGCGAAGAGUUAAUCGAAACUCUCAUUAAAUACUUCAAAACGUUUGGAAUACCAAAAUUGAUCACUUGUGAUCAAGCUACAUCAUUUCGGAGCCAAAAUUUCAAAACCUUUUUGGAAGAAAACGGUGUUGCCGUUCACUAUGCUAGUAGCAGCAAUAGUAAUGGCAUCAUCGAGAGGUUCCAUAACACCCUCCUAGAGAUGUUUAUGGCAAACCGAAGCAAAAUCAAUAACCUAACUCUGUACCAAGGACUUUCACUUAUAACAGCACUGUAUAACGACGCAAAGCAUACAACAACGAAUCUCACACCAAGACAAAUAAUCUUCGGAAAUUCGACUUCACUAGACUUGAAGGACAUAAACAUGAUGAAACAACAAAUAAUACAAACUGCCAAAGACAAUAUUGCCAGAAUAGCUACCAGACAUAAUUCAAAAAUAGUAGAAACGGACAAAGACUAUCAAGACAUCAAAAACAAAGAAAUUCUUGCCAAAACUAAAGCCAAACCAUCUCCAUAUAGCAAUAGAUAUAGACUGGUCGAGGUAAAGGAACAGAAUGACAAAACAAUUACCGACACAACGGACAUCAAAAUUCAUAAGAAAAAUUUAAAACUCUAAUGGGAUUGACGAGGUAUGUUGCUUUUUCUGACUUUAUUUCAGACUAUGUUUCCUAUUCUGGACAUCUACAGCUUGGACAGACAUCCGCAUUUACGACCUGACUAAUAAUCCCAUAGCAAUCAUACCUCUCGGACAGGCCAGGAUUAGUAACAGUUAUAUCAGAGUAAUUCAUCCCGUAAAUUUAACAGCCAUAAAAGAUGCUAUAGAUUUGUUUGACUAUGUAACUAAAAAUUCUGAUUUAAAUAAUUCACUUUUCGAUCAAGUUAUUAGAAAAAAGAUAAAUAAAAUACACUUAACGUUCAACAGAAUUGUACCUCAAAACAGAUUCAAGAGAUGGGAAUCACUCGGUAGGGCGUGGAAAUACGUAUCAGGCAGUCCUGAUGCGGACGAUUUGAAAGUCAUUAACUCAACAAUCAAUUCUUUAGUAACUGAAAAUAAUAAUCAAAUACACAUUAAUAAUGUAUUCGAGAAAAGAAUGAGAAACCUUACAAGAACUUUCAAUCUUCUGAUAGAUAACGAGCAAAAAUUAGAAAAUGUUACAUUUAAAAGCUUUGAUUCACUUAAUUUUGUAUUCGAACUUGAUGAACUAUUGUAUUACCUAGAAGUUGUCGAGGAAUCCAUUACAUUGGCGAGAAGCAGCAUCCCAAACAGUCGCAUCAUUCACGAACGGGAACUGGAAGCCAUACAAAGAAUCCUCAACGGCAAUGGCUUUGGACUUGACUCGGUUGACAGUAUUUUGAACAUCGCCAGUGCUUACGUAAUGUUCAACAAAGACACAUUCAUAUAUAUACUGAAAAUACCCAGAAUCAAAAACGUACCGUACACACUCAGCUUCGUUGAACCAGUAAUUGCAGAAGGUUACCGCAUUCAUUUACCAAAACCAUUUUACUUGAAAGGGCAAACUUCAUUCAUCUCACAAAGCCCAUGUUCUAAGUUAAAAGCUCUCUUCGUGUGUUCCAAUACCAAUUUAGAACCACUCACAGAAUGUAUGCAACAACUAAUCUCCGGAGAGACAGCUGAUUGCCCCAUGGAACGAAUCUAUGGAGAUAAAACUAUACGAAAAGUUAACGAUGGCAAUAUUGUUAUUCACGGAGACAACAUCACCCUGAGGUCCAACUGUUCAACCACCCGAUUCCUUAGUGGAUCAUACCUCAUUCAGCAUUCAAACUGUACGUUAAACCUGGACGAUGAGGAGUACACAAGUACUAACCUGGAAAUACAACCGUUCACACCGGUUACCACAAUCAAGGUAAAUCCGACCAAUGUGAUAAACCAUAUCCCGUUGGAACAUUUACAGGAACUACAUUUAGAGCAUCGGAACCACAUAGAUCACCUCAACCUAACAACGGAAAAUAUACAUUGGAAACUAAACAUCUUUGGGUGGAUAGUUUCGGCUUCAGCAACAACGUUACCGGUCUUCAUACUGGGUACAAUCAUAACCAUAGUCUUCAAGCUUUUCAUUUUCAAAACAGUCUUUGCACCGAACAUGCGAGAAGGAACCAAGGAAAAUAGCAGUUCAACCGAGGCGCAUCCUGAGUCGAGAAGCAUACCGCUUAUCCCGCAGCAAUAGAGGAAGCCGAGGACGGCUUCUAACUAGAAGGGGAGCCGUUAGCGAAACGUAGUCAUUCGCAUACACUGACACACCGGAUGGAUGGCGAUACUUACAUGCAUGGAUGGUGUCAACCGCCGAGUCAGCAGAUUUAUAUUAUAAAAAGGUAGUGACCGCGUGGCUCGUUCUCUUUUUUCCUGAAGGCGUCUGAACAACUACCGGUGGUAGAGGUAUAGUGUAGUGAAUAAAGUGGUUGUAAAUUAGAAUUAAAGUUUUUAAAAAGUUGAAGAAGU